GCGAAUCAUUUCAGACGCUCACACCUAUCAACCAGUUAGUUUACAAGGAGGUCUGGCUACCGUUUAAAAGUUGGUCGUGAAGUCAUGUACGUACCUUUACUUUUCCUUGGUGCACUGGCACUGACAAAAGCCCAGUUUUUCGACAAAAAAGUAGACAUAGGGACCGAGACUAUAGGGUUGACGGCCCUAAAGGAUACACUGGAGACUCUUAUAGAGAACGUCACCAAACUUGAGGAAGAGAUUGAAACUCUGCGUGGAAGAUCCUGCUCAAGCGUAUCCCGAUUUAGAGCGGAAAUGCAACAGAGUGCAAAUGCUGCAUCUGCUUCUUCCAGCAUACUAGACACGAGUGGUUUCGUUCUCAAGUCGACGCUGUCCGCCGAGACGAACAAAGUGAAUGGUCUGGUGCAGAAGUUCGAAAGUGUGCAGUCGGCACACAAGUUCACGUCUGACAUCGACGGUUAUGCUGCAGAUUUGAACGCACUGGAAUCUGCUUAUGAAACUCAGACUGGUAUUUUGGACAACGUUGAAAAUGAUUUAACAAAGCUGGCUGAUACUAAUACUCAAAGUAGUACUCAAACCACAAUCAACUGUACUGAUGGUUGGACCAAACACGAAAAUCAUUGCUAUGCUUUCUUCCGUGAUUCCAUGCCUUGGCAUGACGCUAUGAGCACGUGUAUCGGUCAUGGUGCCUAUCUUCUCGAAGUGAACACAAAGGAUGAACUAAAUUGGCUUAAAAGCAGCUUUUUGCCAUUUAGAGACAACGUGUGGGUGGGCGGGGUUGACAUCUUAAAGGAAGGAGUCUGGCAGUGGGCGGGAAGCGGUGAGUUGUUGGCGGAUGAAUUGCAGUCCAACUGGGCUUCGUUCCAACCUGACAACUAUCUGAAUGCAGAACAUUACAUGGAACUAAAUGGCUACUCACGAACCUUCAACGACCAAUCUGUGAAUUCAAACAAGAAAUUUGCGUGUGAAAAAUGGUUAUCUGACUAACUGUUUGAAAGAGGAAGUAUCGAGCGAUGGACAGAAGAAGAAAAAAGAAACGACCAAGAAUGAUCUUCCCUGUAUUAUUACUACAUUUUAUGAAAAAAAAAUCCAAUAUCUUUUUUGGAUAGUCAACUGGACAAAAGCCUACUGGACAAUAAUCCCCGGCGCCCACUCUGCAUUUUUUUGAGAAAGUGAUUAAUAUAAUACCGUAUCAUUAUUAGUUAUAUUUAGUAAUUUACAAAACAAUGCAAUGCAAUACAAUAAAAUUAUAUCAGUAUAAUACAAUAAAAUUAUAUCAAUGCAAUACAAUAAGAUAUGCUAUUUUUCCGGGUUUACAUAUCGUGAUGUUAGAGAGUACUGUCAUUGCAUGAGUUCCCGGGAGUGUUAUUGGAUUUAUUGCAACGAGUUUGGGAAUUAUUUUAUUUUAUUAGCAAGAGCGAGGGGUAAAAGGAAUUCCGAAAUGAGUUUCAUAAAGUUCAUGUGGCACUAACACAAAUGUGAUAAUUUAUUUAUUCUCCACAAACUGUAUGUUUGUCAUCGCUACACAAUCGAUGUUAAUAGUAUUCAACAAGAUCAGUUACAAAGACUCUGAAUUACACUUAUAGUAAAUAUAUACAGUUCCCAUUUAUAAAAAUAAAACAACAUAAAUCCAG